AUGACUGCUUUUAAUGACCUGCGUGAUGCUCUUUGUUCCGCAACGAUACUAUCCUUGCCCAAUGUCGCUGCGGACGCGCCUGAGUUCAUCCUGGACACCGAUGCCAGCGGGUUUGCCAUUAACGCUGUGCUAUCA